GGGAUAGAGGUGGGAACGGCUGGACUAUACAGACUGCAGGAGCCCAGGAACUAUGAGCCAAAUUGGGGAUUACAACGAGGUUAUAAUGGGUGCACCACAGGAUUUGUUCUACAGAUUCCAGCUGCUCCCUGUUCAUGGGAUUCCCUUUAUGAAACCCAUUGCAGAUAACUGGGAUAGGAUAGAGACAUUUCAGGCCAAGCCAGAUGACCUCCUCAUUGCAACGUAUCCCAAAGCAGGUACCACCUGGAUGCAGGAGAUAGUGGAUUCCAUCAUGAACGCUGGAGACCUGAAAAAAGUAAAACGUGCCCCCACGCACGUCCGAUUCCCUUUCCUCGAAAUCUGCAACCCUUCACCUGUCCCUUGUGGAGUCGAUGUCUUGGAAGAGACACAAUCUCCACGAAUAAUAAAAACUCAUCUUCCUUAUGAACUCAUCCCGAAAUCCUUCUGGGAACAUGAGUGCAAGGUGAUCUAUGUUGCACGCAACGCAAAGGACAAUGCUGUCUCUUAUUACUACUUUGAUCUGAUGAACAAGACUCAGCCGCACCCCGGCACCUGGGAGGAGUAUGUGGGAAAGUUCUUAAAAGGAAAUGUGCCCUGGGGUGGCUGGUUCCAUCAUGUUAUCGGCUGGUGGAAAGCCAGGGCCAAACACCAAAUCUUGUACGUCUUCUAUGAGGACAUGAAAGAGGACCCAAAGCGUGAGAUCCGCAAGGUGAUAAGGUUCCUGGGGAAGGAGUUAUCUGAGGACCUUCUUGAGAAGAUCUGUCAGCACACCUCUUUCAAGGCCAUGAAGGAAAACCCCAUGGCUAAUUACAGUGCCAUGCCAGACAGUGUCUUGGACCAGACCAUCUCACCGUUUAUGCGGAAAGGGGAAGUCUCUGACUGGAAGAAUCAUUUCACUGUACAGCAGAAUGAGAUGUUUGAUGCCGAGUACCAGAAGAGAAUGGAAGGAACGGACCUCAAAUUCCGUUGCAGUAUCUGAGCGCGUCAAAGACUCCGAGGAGAUUUGGGCAGGAACUAUUGUAGGAAGCCAACUCAACUCUAUAGAUGAAGAAAGCUUAAUAGAACAAGGGAUGUAACAGCUUGAUAUGUCCCUGUCCUGCCAAGCCAAUAUAUCUGAGCACAAGGCAACACCAACAUAUAACAAAGGAUAAACAUUGCAAUCAUGUGAAGAGUCAGAUUGUGGGGAUCCCUAUCAACAGAGGGGUGAUCAGUGAUUAUUCGGUGAGGGGUAGAGAGAUUUUACCAUCAGCAUUGGAAGUUUUCUGAAUUGCAAGGAAAAUCAGGUUAUGGAAUUUCCAUGGGGAUCUGGUAUUUCUUAAAUGUUAUCGAAUAAAAACUGACUAUAUCAUCUAAUAAAACAAAUUAAGGUG